AUGGGCGACAGCAGUGGGCAGCCUGGCAUCCACACCUACAAAUCCCUCGCUGAGGAGGGCCCCUUUGGCUCUCUGGAGCCGCCCAAAAGACCCACAGGGAGCCUGGUCAUGCACAGCAUGGCCAUGUUCGGCCGGGAGUUUUGCUACGCGGUGGAGGCGGCCUACGUGACCCCAGUCCUGCUCAGCGUGGGCCUGCCCAGGAGUCUCUACAGCAUGGUGUGGCUCCUGAGCCCUGUCCUGGGAUUCCUGCUGCAGCCCGUGGUGGGACUGGCCAGCGACCACUGCCGGGCCCGUUGGGGACGGCGGAGACCCUACAUCCUCACGCUGGGCAUCGUGAUGCUCCUGGGCAUGGCUAUGUACCUUAACGGGGACGCUAUCGUAUCAGCUUUGAUUGCUGACCCAAGGAAGAAGCUGAUUUGGGCCAUCAGCGUCACCAUGAUAGGUGUGGUUCUCUUUGAUUUUGCUGCUGACUUCAUUGAUGGGCCUAUCAAAGCCUACUUAUUUGAUGUCUGCACCCAUCGAGAUAAGGAAAGGGGCCUCCACUACCAUGCCCUCUUCACAGGUUUGGGAGGUGCCCUGGGUUACCUUUUGGGUGCCAUCGACUGGGCCCACCUGGAACUGGGAAGACUGCUGGGCACAGAAUUCCAGGUCAUGUUCUUCUUCUCCUCGUCGGUGCUCACUUUGUGUUUUAUUAUCCAUCUGUUCAGUAUCCCUGAAGCCCCACUUAGAGAUGUUGCCAAGGACAUUCCCCCACAGCAAGCCCCUCAGGACCUUGCAUUGUCAUCAGACAGAGCGUAUGAGUAUGGGUCUAUUGAGAAAGUUAAAAAUGGUUAUGUACACCCAGAGCUGGCGCUGCAGGGAGAAAAAAACAAAAAUCCUGCUGAACAGACUCGGAGGGCAGUGACCGUGAAGUCACUGCUGAGGGUGCUGUUGAGCAUGCCUCCCCACUACCGCUGCCUUUGCAUCAGCCACCUCAUCGGAUGGACCGCCUUCCUGUCCAACAUGCUCUUCUUCACAGACUUCAUGGGCCGGAUCGUGUACCACGGGGACCCCUACAGCGCACACAACUCCACAGAGUUCCUCAUCUACCAAAGAGGGGUCGAGGUUGGAUGCUGGGGUUUGUGCAUCAACUCUGUGUUUUCCUCCCUUUAUUCUUACUUUCAGAAAGCUUUGGUUCCCUACAUCGGAUUAAAGGGUCUUUACUUCAUGGGGUAUUUGCUGUUUGGCCUGGGGACGGGCGUCAUCGGGCUCUUCCCGAAUGUCUACUCCAGCCUGGUCAUGUGCACCUUGUUUGGCGUGAUGUCCAGCACCCUGUACACCGUGCCUUUUAACCUCCUCACCGCAUACCACCGUGAGCAGCAGGAAGAGCAGGUGUGUUGUUGA